AUGAAUUCAUACUCAAAAGUCCGAACCAAAGCUGAUAUCAGAGAAUACUCUAUUAAAAAACACUUGGCGGAUCAUUAUAAUUAUAUCGCUCAUGGACCUCCUUCUCACACUCACGAUCCAUAUACGAUCCCAUAUAUCGCCGUGCGAUCGCAGAAUGGGGGAAUGGGUAUGGGAGGAAUGGGAAUGGGAAUGAUGAACCCUAUGAUGGGUGGAAUGGGUGGGAUGGGUAUGAUGAAUCCCAUGAUGGGAGGAAUGGGAAUGGGCGGGAUGGGUAUGAUGGACCCUAUGAUGAUGGGCGGAAUGGGUAUGGGAGGUAUGGGAAUGGGCGGAAUGGGAAUGAUGAACCCUAUGAUGGGUGGUAUGGGCAUGAUGAACCCCAUGAUGAUGGGAGGUAUGGGUAGUUAUGGCAUGUUAGGCGGUGGACUUGGCUCAGGAGCAUACGGAGUUGGUAUCCCUUCCCCUUUCCCUUACACUUCAUCUACCUGGUUCUCACCUUGGAUUCAACAGCUGAUGUAUCGUACUCCUUGGUAUACCUAG